CGGCGAGCGGCGGAGCGUUCCUGGCAGCCACCAUGAAGCGCCUCAACCUGCUGUGCUGCUGCGUGGCCUCGCUCCUGCUCCUCGGCACGGCAGAUGAAGAUGUCGGCCAUGCCGCCCAACGCCCCUCGUCUGCCGCGCAGCCCCACGUGGAGGAGAUGGCCGCCAAUGGCAGCCCCAAGGAGGAGGAUGGUGGCGGAGCUGCCAACACCUCUGUGCUCACAACCACAGAGGGAGGUGGCGAGAGGGAGGAAGAGCUGAAGGGAGGCCUGAGCGAGGCUGCAGGGCAGGGCCAGGAGGGGCCUGACGGGGCAUCGGGGAAGGAUGCCAUGUUGGGCGGCACUGGAGCAGAGGGAGAGGCUGCCCUGGAGCCUGGCACACAACAUGGCGGCCAGGAGGAGAAGGAGGCUGACACCAAGGGAGUGGCCUCAGAGGGAAAGGAAAUGGAGGAGUCAAGAGCGUCUGCUCCUGAGAGAGGAGAGGAAGAGGGUGAGCAGAGCUCAGAGGAAGAUGAUGAGCAGGGGGAGUCUGAGGAAGAUGAAGGCAAAGCAGAGUCAGAAGAGGAAGGGAAGUCUGCAGAGGAGGGAGAGUCUGAGGAGGAUGGUGCCGGCCCAGAGGGGCUGGAGGACAGAGCUGAAGGGACGGACAAGGAGAAGACUUCAGGGGAAAACAGCCAUGGCGAGGCAGCAGCCGGCAGUGAGGGAGAGCAGAGGGACGGCCCUGCCAGCUGCCAUCACCCACCCUGCGGGGAUGUGGAGCCCGGCUCAGGCAGCAGCAGCCCAGCAGCAGCAGGAGACCCAUCUACAGCAGUGCAGGGAGCAGCAGCAACAGAAGACCCCCCAGCAGCUGUCAAAAUCCCACCAGUAGCAGAGAACCCACCAACAGCAGAAGACCCGCCGGCAGCAGUGGGAGACCCCCCGGCAGACAAGGCGCCAUUAGCAGAAAUGGAGAACCCAGCCAGCCCCAGUGCCCGCCUCGCUGCCGCUGAGCCCCGGCGCAGCCACAUAGAAGAGGUUGAGGAUGCCAGCGAGCCCACCAAGCGCGACCGGUCCCACUUGGAGAACACCCUCAAGCUGAACGAAGACAAACCUGCUGAUGAUGUUUCAGGAGUGCUGCAGCGGCUGAGGAAGAUCUACCACUCCUCCAUCAAGCCCCUGGAGCAGUCCUACAGAUACAAUGAGCUGAGGCAGCAUGAGAUCACAGCUUACCCCGGACGCACCCUGGGCUCCUCUGCCACAGAUGGGGAGAUCACUUCCAAGCCGAUGGUGCUAUUCCUGGGACCGUGGAGCGUUGGCAAAUCCUCCAUGAUAAACUACCUCCUUGGGCUGGACGACACUCCCUACCAGCUCUACACAGGGGCUGAACCCACCACCUCUGAAUUCACUGUCAUCAUGCACGGCCCCAAGCUGAAGACCAUUGAGGGCAUUGUGAUGGCUGCUGACAGCGCGCGCUCCUUCUCACCCCUGGAGAAGUUCGGGCAGAACUUCUUGGAGAAGCUGAUUGGAAUAGAGGUGCCCCACAAGCUCCUGGAGCGAGUCACCUUUGUGGACACACCAGGCAUCAUUGAAAACCGCAAGCAGCAAGAACGAGGUUACCCAUUCAACGACGUGUGCCAGUGGUUCAUCGACAGAGCUGAUCUCAUCUUUGUUGUCUUUGACCCUACGAAGCUGGACGUGGGCCUGGAGCUGGAGAUGCUGUUUCGCCAGCUGAAGGGCCGUGAGUCUCAGAUCCGAAUCAUCUUGAACAAAGCCGACAGCCUGGCUACCCAGGAGCUUAUGAGGGUCUACGGGGCCUUGUUCUGGAGCUUGGCUCCUCUAAUCAAUGUCACAGAGCCACCCAGGGUGUACGUCAGCUCCUUCUGGCCCCACGAGUACCACCCGGAUACCCACAAAGACCUGUUCCUCAAAGAAGAGAUAUCGCUCCUGGAAGAUCUCAACCAGGUGAUUGAGAACAGGAUGGAAAAUAAGAUCGCCUUCAUCCGCCAACACGCCAUCCGGGUGCGCAUCCACGCCCUGUUGGUCGAUCGCUAUCUGCAGACCUACAAGGACAAAAUGACCUUCUUUAGCGAUGGAGAACUGGUGUUCAGAGACAUUGUGGAAGAUCCUGACAAGUUCUUUAUUUUUAAGUCCAUUCUGGCAAAGACCAAUGUCAGCAAAUUUGACCUCCCCAACCGCGAGGCUUACAAGGACUUCUUUGGCAUCAACCCCAUCACCAGUUUUAAGCUGCUGUCUCAGCAGUGUUCCUACAUGGGAGGGUGCUACUUAGAGAAGAUCGAGAAGGCCAUCACUCGUGAGCUUCCCGAUCUGUUGGGAAGCAUUGGCUUGGGGAAGAAGCCCAACGUUCUCUCCUGCGACGUCACCGGCUGUGGCGAAACCCCAAAGAAUCGCUACAAGAAACCGUAAGGUGUUCUGUGCCAUAACCAUCCUCGUGUUCCUACCGGUGAAUGAGCUUAUGUCUUAUCUGUCCAAGAAGCCAUGGUUUGUUAACCCUUUGAGUGCCACACUGGCAAAGGCUACUGUACGAUGAGGACUUUGAGUCAUUGACAUCAAUGGCAGGGGAAGAUGGGUGGGCAUAAGAAAGAGAAUAAAAACUGUGAAUUCCUGACAUUUUAUCUUUGUUCUUUUGCGUAGAAGGCAAUGUUUAGGCUGUAAGUAUGAGAAAUGUGUGGUGAGAUAGAACCGUAGAUGCUUCUUCACUGGCGCCGAGAUGGGCGAACAGGAGUUUCAACCUCUGCAGACGUGAAGCUGGCAGGGAGCAAGAAUGAGGGCACGGCAUGAGAGCACAGGGGACAGCGGUGACACAGAAACCUGGGGCAUCAGCAGGAGCCCUGGGGCACAGCACAAACAUCCUGCAAAUCCCUGCAAAUAUUGAUCCUGGUUUUCCUUCCAAGACUUUUAGGUUGCCUGGUGGAGUUCUCCUUUCACGUAACAGCUGAGCUUAACUUGAUUCUGCAGCCUGGAUGUGAGCCAUAUGAAGGGAUUUGGUCCCUGACACAGAGGGUAAAACUCUGCGAAGGGAAACAGGAAUGGAGGAUCACCAGCCAUGUUCUUUCCCCCACUCUGCUGACCUGUUAUCCCCAGGACAAUCCAGGCAGGUUUCUGUGGUUUGUUCUCCAGGCUUCACCCACGUUAGCUGUGAUUUUCUUGGCUCAUCUCUGUGCAUCGACACUCAGCCCCAGCAGCCCUGGUAGAGUGAGCACUGCUUCGAGAAGGUGAUGUUCCCCUGGGAGCUGACCUCAAGACCCAGCAGUGAAGGCUGGGAGAUUAUGGCUGGUGCUGAGCCCAGUGCAAGCCAUCAAGAGGCCGGUCUGGAUGGAGAUUGGUGCCUUUUGAGCACACCAGCAAUCUGCCAAUGGACCACUAAUGCUGCUCUCCAGGAAAGCUCUGGUGCUGGAGGACUUACCUAUGUUAGGAACAAGAAGACAUGAAGGUGCCAGGUGAGGCAAGAAAAAGGCAAAGGCUAUGAACGAGGGAAAGAGAAUGAAAGACAUGGAAGGCUCUGUUGUGAUGAGGAGGGUGUGAAGGGCAGCACCCAUUGUUUCCCUUUGCCACGUGGGAUGUAAGUGAAGAGAGAAGGUUCGUGGGGCUCCACAUCCCUGGGCACUGGGGCUGGGUGCUGUCAAGAGGUCCCCUGAGCCGAGGUGGGCUUGUGGGACUCCACCCAGGGACUUCCCACGCUCCCUGCCUCUGCGUGGCGGUGGGACUGGAGCUGGACUGGUUACGACGAGACAUCUCUGCAUCCAGGCGUGGGAAGGGGCAUGUCUCAUGGGAGGGGACUGCAGGUAAUGAGUGAAAGCGAGGAAAGGUGUCAGAGAAUGCAGCCGGGAUAGCCCGGAGAGAAGUGAUGCAUUCAUGAGUCAGCGCUGUGAGAUCUCAGACCUGCCCAGAGCUGCUGCCUCCCUUUGCUGUUCCCUUUUCCUUCUUUUACGUGCUCCCAUUGCUCAUCGUCGUCCCUCUCUGUCUCACCCACUCUUUCUCGCCUCUCACUGUCCUCAGCCAGGCAAAUUUGCAUGGUUUUCUUAGGAGCUAAUGGAGUAGAAACACUGACAGAAGUGUGCUCACGUUGUCGCUGUUCCUGCCGUCACGCUGUGUGUCGUUGUCACGGUAAGCAACGCACAUAGAAGCAAACUUUCUAUUUGCAAGUGCUGCAUUGUGCCAUCUCUUUCUCUGCGGUCUUUGUUCCUCUAGAGAUGGUGGGUUCAGUCUGGGGUGCCUCAGGCCCCAUAAGGAGCCCAACCUCUCCCUAUGGCCUCGGGCCCAAAGGCAGCAUUGCUCUGCUCUCAGGAUGCUCCCAUCCUUCUCCCAGACCCUUUCAUUUUGCUCCAGCUUUUCUUCAGCAUUCAUUGCCUUCUCUCCCAUUUACACCCCUCUCUCCUCUUUGCCAUCCACACACCCUGUGCAACCCUACUGUGUGAGGGUCCCAGAUGAGGCUCCUCCAUGAUGGUCACUGUCCCUCCCUAGUAGGGAACAUUGGGGGUUCCCUCUCCCAUGCAGUGCCCCACACAGCACCCCAUGUGAGAGCGAUGGCAACAGUGGCCCAAUGCCAGAGCCAGCCUUGGCCCCAUGCUGGAGGGGUGGGUGACACUGAGCCGGUCCCGGCUGUGGGACUGGUCAGCCCAGACCCUCUCAGCUGUAUUUGGGGAGCUCUGGGAGCUGUGGGAAGGGGAGUAUGGAGACAUUGGUGUUUUGCUUAGAAACCCCAAGCCCCUGUGUCCCCAGCACCAGGGCUGCAGGCAUCUAUCCUGAGAGGGUGCUGGGCAGAUGCUGUUGGGAGUGGCAUAGCUGGGGAACAGGCCUGUGUAGAUGCCCAUGAUCAUGUGCAUUUGGAUGAAACUGUCAGUUUGAACAUCAGCCUGUCUAAUAAAUCCUGAUCUUUUCCAAACUCA